AUGGCUUCACGCCCUAUGGACGUCGAUGCACUCCUCGAGGAGGCCGCCCGCGACGCCGAAAAAACAUUAGAGCGAAAGGCCGAUGAGGUCAAGGACGAACGACAUGGCGACCGCCGUGACCGGAACAGUGACCGUCGCGACCGCAGUAGGGAUCGCGGUGAUCGCCGAGGCGACAGGCGUAGGAGUCGCGAGCGAGAUCAUCGCCGCCGUGAUGACAGCCGCCCACGUUCCAGUAGAGGUGACGAUGACAGAUACCCACGCAGCGGCUCGCGCGACCGAUACCGCGGAGGACGAAGGGACCGAGGCGGCGAUUACUACAGCGGUGGAGGUCGUGCCCGCUCGCGUUCUCCACGCGGCGACAGGCCACGUCGUGAGAGGGAGCGAUCAGGCGAACGCCGUGCUGCCACGGAAGACGAUCGUGACAAGCGUACUAUCUUCGUGCAGCAGAUCUCCCAGCGUGCCGAGACCCGUCAUCUCCGUUCCUUCUUCGAGGUCAUCGGACCUGUCGUCGAAGCCCAGAUUGUCAAGGACCGAGUCACCGGCCGCUCAAAAGGCGUUGGUUACGUUGAGUUUAAGGAUGAAGAUUCUGUCCCCAAGGCUCUCGAGCUGACAGGACAGAAACUGAAAGGCGUUCCCAUUAUCGCACAGCUCACUGAGGCUGAGAAGAACCGCGCUGCCCGGCCAUCGGAAGGAGGCGCAGCACCAGGCGCCAACGGCGCCCCGUUCCACCGCCUAUACGUUGGCAACAUCCAUUUCAGCGUGACGGAGAAAGAUCUUCAAGAAAUUUUUGAGCCCUAUGGUGAGCUUGAGCAGGUCAUUCUUCAGCGUGAUGAAUUGAAUCCUGGACGAUCCAAGGGGUACGGAUUCGUACAUAACGCAAAGGACGCGCUGGCUGAGAUGAACGGAUUUGAGCUGGCGGGUCGGCAGAUCCGGGUCGGGCUCGGCAACGACAAGUUCACGCCAGAGUCGACUGCCACUUUGCUACGCACUUUCAAUCAGCAGGCACAGAGCUACCAAGGUUCUGCGUUCAGUGGUGCUGGCGGACGUGGUGCCUACGCUGGCGGCUCUGGAGGCGUAUUCGAUCGUGCGCAUAGCAAGGACGAUCGCGGGGUCAGCGGCGCUUCUGCUCUGGACGAUACUGAUGUUGCUGGCGUAAAUUUCAAGACAUACGACCGAUCGAAGCUGAUGGACGCAUUAGCUCGCCGCGACCCUACAGAGGCAGCAAAGCCGGGGGCUGCCCAGAUCAUUAACAAGCCUCGCGCUCCUGUCAUUGAUAAACCAAUGGCAUCAAAGUGCAUCAAAAUCGAGAACGCGUUCGACCCCGAUGAGGAGCAAAAGGCCUGGGGCAAUAACUGGGUUAAAGAGCUGGAGGGUGAGGUCAAGACUGAAUGCGUCAAGAAGUACGGCAACGUCGUUCACAUCGCUGUCGAUCCGAACACCGAUGGUGACAUCUACGUGAAAUUCGACUCGGUGUCUGGUGGAGAGAAAGCUCUCCAGGGUCUCAACGGUCGCAGUUUCAAUCACCGCACGAUCAUGGCCUCGUACGUCGUUGACAAGAUCUACAACUCACUUUGGGGUGCUGCUGCGAGCAGGUUUUAGCAAAGGCAACUCGACUGCAAAGGUACGUUCUCAUCUUUCUGACUGCUUGAGCAUGAAGGAGAUUGGUUUGGGUUUACUCUUUUUGUGAUUUUUGUGGGAUCUUGGAGCAUGGGUUGGAGUUGUAUGGACUGGG